AUGCAAAUGUUUAAAACAGCCUUUGGUCUUUGGUGAGUAUAGCUUUGUAGUUUGUGUAUAGUCCUAUAGUAUUGGUUUAAGAAUAGGCUUAGAUAAUUUCGACGUCAGCUAAAAAUUACAUGAAUGAACAAAAUUUUGAACUGCAUGUCUGUGCCAAUAUAGGCAGUGCCAAUAAUGUAGGAGCAAGCUUUCGUUCGUGGGGAUGCAAUAACCUGAAAUAUGUAGGAGAAUUUCGACGUUUCGAGCGAAGAGCCUCUUCGCUCAAAACGUCAAAAUUCUCCUUGUAUGCUUCAGGUCGUUGCUUCCUCACCAAUGAAAGCUUGCUCAUGGAUUUACAAACCUUUUGCAAAGGUGUAUAAUUUAUUUUGACAACAUUUAAAUUUAUUGUGGAUGAGGUUUAUUUUUCUUAGUUCGUCUGUUAUUCUAUUGCCAUGCAUUGUCAGAGGCAAAAUCUAUUUUAGAUUUCGACAAGCUGUCGCGUGAGGUUAUUCAUGCGAAAAUUAAAGGGCAUAUUGUAAACACUGGACUGGACUUUGGACUGGACUUUGGACUUUGGACUAUGGACUUUGGACUUUGGACUUUGGACUUUGGACUUUCGAUUUUGAAAUUUUUUUAUUUUUAAAAUUUUCGUAUAAUUAUAUUAAAAGCGCGCUACACUGCCUGCGCGUGCAUAUAAUAUACAAGCACUUCUCACCCAUAACUGGGCUUUAAUUAUUAGCCUCCUCCGCAAGCAUCUCCGGCUUUAUAUAUAUUCGCAAUUAUCAUGGCUACUGGUUUCGUUUAUAAUAUCGAUAGCAGUUCGGACUCAAGUGAGGCUGGCGAUAAGACGGCAAGGUAAAAAUACCAUCAGUUGUACAGUGCAAUUUCAUAGAUAUACAGUAGUCUGCCGGAUAGCAGGAUUAUCUAAUAUUUUGGAUUAUCUAAAUUUUAUUUUAUAAUUUGUACUAGACAUAGUAUGUAUACUACUUUAAUAAUAAUUAUUAUAGUUUAUACUGCAGAACUUCUUCUUUAUCAUAUAGAUAUUACAUUUAAAGAAACAGUUGUGACAAAAGUAUCUCGGCAAUACAAAAUAUUGAGAAAUUAUGAACUAGAAGCGAUUAUUAUUGCGCCUGUUGUAUUAUGUAUCUGUUGUUCAUCUUUGCAUAAUAGUUUAUACUAGUACUGUACUGUAUUGUGUAAUUGUUUACUCCGUUACAGUAACGUUUUGUUAAUGUUAUUUUUGAAAGACAUUCUUUGGCUAUUCCUACAUAUCACUAUGUAAGUGCUUAAGUUAUAAAGUGCUAGUAGAUGGACAGGAAUAUUCGAACGGAAAUUUACACACCUAUUCAGUUGUGUCUGAGAGGGCAAAAAUCUAGUCUAUGACUAUGUGCUUCAGGUAGUCUAGCAACUAUUUGUCACGUAUAUUAAUACUACCCUACACUACACUCAUAUUUUUAAAAAGUAUAUGACUAUGAGCGUUUUCGUGUUCACUAUGGCUGAAAACAUUUAUGAAAAGCUAAAAUUGACUCAGACAAAAUACAUUGUAAACACAGCCCAAAAGGCAGACCAUUAGCAAAGUGAUGGAGGGGGGAGGGGAGGGUCGUAUUUUUUUAACUUGUACGAAUAUUUUUUUUAAAUGUUUUGCAUGUGUCGAUAUUUUUUUCAAACAUUCAUGGGGUACAAAGUUUUUUUUUCAUUCUGUUUCCCGGACCCUGCGCGAUUUUUUGCUCCCCCCCCCAUCACUUUUCUAAUGGUCCACACCUAAGGCAGGCGCUAAACGAAAGCUUUUGUGUCGAAUUUUAAUUAGUUCAGUGUGAGAUACACCACUGCCACAGAUAAAAAUAGCCAGUAAAACUUCCAGCUUUUAAAGUUUUGUAUCUUAUCUUAGGCAGUGAACUCUACACACUACAUUUCAUAGUUUGUAUAUAAAUAAUAUAAACUAGUCUUGCAACAAGAAAACAUUUAGACAAUAAAUUUCUAUAUCUUCUAUAUAUAUCAAUAUCACAUUGGUGAUCAAUGCUGAUCUCAUGAUACUAUUAUUUUUGCCAAAAGUUACGUACUUCAUGAAAGCCUGCCCCCCACGUCCAUAUGACGUUUCUCGUGGACGAAAUCGAUACGUGACGAUUCCCUCUUUAGCGUUGAAGGUGACUUGCAAGAAAUUAUUCAUGUGCUCUCUUCCCCAGAGAAUAGUCCUGUUAAAAGGUGAGAAAAGGCUAAUAUUUUGAGCUAUGCAUUAUUAUGGGGUUUGUGAUUAUUAUUUGUUAACCAUUCUAAGCAUGUGUUUUUGUUAUCAGUAUAUUUCUUGUAACCAGUUUUUCCCUUACGUUCGUGUUAAGGCCAAGACACAGCGAAGAUAAUAAGACAAAAGUACUUCAGUACAUGAGGUUUGUUUUAAAUGUUGCGUGUACGACAAAUUUUUCGUUUAAAUUAAAUGAAGACCUGAGAAGAGCCAGAAACAAUCUCUUUUAUUCUUUUUAAACUGUUUCUCCCUUUUUCAUUUUUCGUUAAAGUUAUAAUUCCGAGGAGCUUGCUUCAAGUAAUAGUUCAGAUGACGAUGACCAUAUCAAGUAUUACGACGACAAUGCAGCGCUUCCAAUUUAUUACUCAGGUAGAAAUCGUGGACUGGAUGUUGAUGAAAUCGUAAAUAUAUUGUUGAGUCCAGACCUUGCUACAUCGCAGAAAGUAGCAACCGAGAAACCAGUCGCAGUUUCAAGAAGUGUGGCCUUUGUUCUUGAUAUCAGACACUUUAAAGACGUCAAAGAUGUUUUAGCAGACAGCUUAGGUGUUUGGACCAGUACUGGAACAAAAACAGCAUAUUGCAUACAAGACAAUUCCAGGUUUAUCAUGACGAAUGCAAACAAUUAUGGAAACGACGAUGAUAUUUUCAAGAUUGAGAGACGAUUUUUCAAACAUAAGGUGGAACAAGACGUAAAGAAGAAUUUGACCGUGAUAAAAAGUACGCUCGUAAAAAUCAUGCAGUAUGACUACGUUAGCUUUUCUCUAAUUCACCAGUAAAAAUAAACAGUAAAAAUAUCCAGCACAAUUUUAUACGGCUGCUAAAGCUCGUGAACCUAUUCGGGAUUUCUUGGCCUCCAAAAGAAUAGUAUCCCAAAAUAAAUCACAUAGAUAUAGCUUAUUAGUUUUUCUCAGUAGUUUUAAAUACACGCCCUGUCUUCGACCCAAAAAUAUAAAGUGUCUGAAAAUAUGUAAACAAACGCGAUGUGACGUAUUUAUCCAUUACUUCCGGUUUCCUAUUUCCGGACAAACCAAGUAAAUCGAAGGAUUCAAUUGAUUUCAAUCUAAGACGUUUUAGACGUAAGUCGAUCUAAACUCACAAUAUUUCUUGGCUGCCCAUGGCUCUCAAACAUAUUGCCGGAAUAAACGUCAAAAUCAAAAAAUGAAAACACCUUUUCGGCUUUUGGGACUCCAUCUUUCACAUCUUGCGCCUGCAAACUAUUAUUCACUACUCCGCAACGUUUUUAUAUAAGAAAAUUCCGUUUACUGGAUGACCAUAUUUUUAUCCGUAUUUGCGUUUUACGCUUUAGUUUCAUGCAUGGGUGACCUAUCUUCAAAUUUUAAUCACAAAUAGUGUCGUGAUGUUGCCAUGGCAACUCUGACAUUGUCAAAACCAAGUUCUAAAUAUUCCAUAGAUGUCAAGUAUUGCAGCCAAUAGGCCUUUCCAAGGUUUCUGCCGCCAUAUUGCAGGGGGUGCAAAAACAUUGGGGCGAGCGCGCGGCCACCAAUGGCGCCCAUACUAUUUCCUAUUGAGUGAGUGAAAAUUACCUUUUGACAUUUUGUCCUUUUUCUCAAAAAAAUUCUAUACAAGCAUAUCCAAUUUUUAUUUUUGGAUAAUCGCUGGGUUUUUUCUGAUAUGUGGCUGAGAUUUCUUACUAAUCGAAGAACAGGAAGUAAUAAAAAACGGCGGCUUUUGUUGCACACCUUGACCGACGUUUGAGCGAUGAUUCUUGUUAUUUCGUUUGUUUAACCGAUCUUUGGAAGAAUAUUUGUCCAUUAAGUGUGUGAGUCCUUUGGUGUCCGCCAUUAUUACUGUUUAUAUUUGUAUAUUUGUACAAGAAUCAUCGCUCAAACGUCGGUCAAGGUGUGCAGCAAAAGCCGCCGUUUUUUAUUACUUCCUGUCCCGCUUCGAUUAGUAAGAAAUCUCAGCCACAUAUCAGAAAAACCCCAGCGAUUAUCCGAAAGUAAAAAUUGGAUAUGCUUGUAUAGAAUUUUUUUGAGAAAAAGGACAAAAUGUCAAAAGGUAAUUUUCACUCACUCAAUAGGAAAUAGUAUGGGGGCCAUUGGUGGGCGCGCGCUUGCCCCAAUGUUUUUGCACCCCCUGCAAUAUGGCGGCAGAAACCUUGGAUAGGCCUAUUGGGAAAAAAAUCGUGAUAAACGUGAAUAGGCCUUCAUUAUAGAGAUGUUAGACAAAUAAGCCUAACGGUUGGGAACCAGCUUGUCGAACGAGAUAUUAUCGAACAACAACGUUUAUCUGGAUAUGCGCACAAACGUCGCAUUAUUGCAUUGAAUUUAAGUAGUGAAGUAUUAAUUCUAACUCUUUUUUUUUUUUGCAAAACAGAUCGUGAUGGGUCGCCGCACCAUUAUUGCUACCUGCAAUAUCAGUUUACCAGUGGAGAAAAGAAAAUAAAACCUCAACCACAUGGGAACGCGUCUGUUUCCACUCGUCCAUUUAAACCAUCCGAGGCUAGCACGAAGACGCGCUUGAAACAGCUGGUUCAGACAAGUACGCCAAAAGCAGCAGUCGAUCUCCUUUUAGAAGAAAAAGGAGGGAUUGAAAAUAUUAGCUCUGCUGGAGAAUUCGCUAGGGAUAGACAACAAGCAGCAAACUUUAGGCGAGGAGUUAAAGAGAAAGCAAAUCGAGUAUCUUCCUCUUGUCCAGACCCUCUUGUUGCCGUCAUGGAUAAAUGUAAAAUGGAGCAACGAGAUCCUAAGUUAGUUUUCAUCCGUGAAAUCAGCUCUGCCCCCGAAUUAUUGGUCGUCUUGGCCACUAACUAUCAGCUUGCAGAAGUUAAACGCUUCUGCACGAAUCCAUCUCGGUUUUCUGUUCUAGGAGUAGACGUUACUUUCAAUAUUGGUGAGUUUUACGUUUGCCUGACAACCUAUCGUGACUUGAUGCUAAAAACAAAAGCUGGUAUACACCCGGUAAUGCUUGGCCCAAUCCUUCUGCAUCAACGCAAGCUUUUCUCAUCUUACCAUUCCCUGCCAUCCACUAUGAUCAGACUCGACCCAGACCUUCGGGGGGUAUUAGCUUUUGGAACUGAUGGAGAAAUUGCUCUUUCUCAAGCAUUUGAAAGCUGCUUCCCUUUCGCGUUGCAUUUACUCUGCGAUAUGCACAUGGAAGACACGAUCACAUCAAAAUUGAGAGAGCUCAGAAUUCGUGGGUCAGACAGCCAGCAAUAUAUGUCCGACAUAUUUGGGCAACGAAACGAAGCUUCAAGUAAAAAAAGUUUAGUUGAAAGCAGCUCAAGGGAGGAAUUCGUCAAACGCUUGGAAGC